AUGGCCGAUCCCCGUAUCAAGCAGCUGCGCAUCAAGACUGGAAUUCUCAAGCGCACUUAUAAGGAGAAGAUCAGUUAUGAAAAGGAAGCUGAGCAGAUCCAAGAGAAGAUCAGGAAGAUGCAAGAGGAAGGUCAAGAAGUUUACUACAUCAAAAAGCAAGACCAGCUGUUGCAGGAAACCCAAAACGUCAUUCCUGAUACCCAGAAACGCCUCAAUGCUGCAUACCAUGAUCUGAAAACCCUUGUGGAAACAGAGACUGAAUUGGAAGAAGCAGAAGAGUAUCUUGCAGCCAAGGCUGUCAUUGAAGAAAGUGCCUCUCAUAUUACAGCCUAA